AUGGCGGCGCAGGGAUCCCUCGUCAUGUGGAGGGCGGUCUUCGCGGCGCUGGGCGUGCUCAUGGUGGCCACGCUGGUGUACACCUCGGCCACCGACGGCUCGCCGUUCCGCCCCGAGCUGCUUACGCCGUGGAUGGUGGCAACACUGAUUGAUUUUUAUGUGAAUGUAAUUGCAAUCUCGGCUUGGGUUAUCUACAAGGAAGCAAACUGGAUUAGUUCUGCUGUGUGGGUGGUUCUGUUGUGUUGCUUUGGCAGUGCUGCUACUUGCGCUUAUAUUGUUAAGAAACUUUUUGAUGUAACAUCUGCGGGGUCAUCCCAAGAUCCACUUGAUCUUCUGUUUAUCAGGCAAGGUAAUCUAUCCCAAAGAAAGUGCUCUUUUAUUGUAAUUGGAAGGGUUAUUUUCAGCAUUUUGGGAAUAUUCAUGGCUGCGGUUGUCGCAUAUACUGUCAUCAAUGAUGGACUACCUUUUAGGAAGGAAUUGUUGACACCGAUUUCAGAACGGUAA